ACACCAUGAAUUUUAAGUCAUUUGAUUUUCAUUUAGUUUCGUCUUUUUAGUCUGUGUGUUGUUUUGGUUUUGUUACAAGAAGAUAUUCACAAUGCAACCGCAGAUCUUAGUUCUGAAGGAGGGGACGGAUCAGUCCCAGGGCAAGCCCCAACUGGUCUCCAACAUCAAUGCCUGUCAGUUAGUUGUAGACGCGGUCCGCACGACGUUGGGGCCGAGGGGCAUGGACAAGCUCAUUGUAGACCACGGCGGAAAAGCUGUAAUAUCUAACGAUGGGGCCACUAUUAUGAAGCUGUUAGAUGUCGUCCAUCCAGCUGCGAAGACCCUCGUCGACAUAGCCAAGUCCCAGGAUGCUGAGGUCGGAGACGGAACCACAUCCGUUGUGAUCCUGGCCGGGGAGCUGUUGAAGAGACUGAAGCCAUUUGUUGAAGAAGGAGUCCACCCUCGGAUAAUAGUCCGGGCUGUCCGCAGUGCUGCAAAGCUGGCUGUCGACAAAGUCAAGGAGUUGGCUGUCAAGAUUGAGAGCAAAUCACCAGAAGAACAGAGGGAACUCCUCCGCAAGUGUGCGGUCACAGCUAUGUCCUCGAAGCUGAUCCACCAGCAGAAAGAUCACUUCUCCAAGAUGGUUGUGGAUGCUGUACUGUCCCUGGAUGCUCCGCUCUUGCCGUUGGACAUGAUUGGCAUCAAGAAGGUGUCCGGGGGAGCGCUGGAAGACUCAUUCCUGGUAGCCGGUGUGGCUUUCAAGAAGACCUUCUCAUACGCCGGCUUCGAGAUGCAGCCCAAGAGCUACACCAACUGCAAGAUCGCUCUCCUGAACAUUGAACUGGAGCUGAAGGCUGAGAGGGACAACGCCGAAGUCCGAGUAAAUAACGUCGAGGAGUACCAGAAAGUGGUGGACGCCGAGUGGAGGAUUCUGUACGACAAGCUCGGAGCCCUGCAUGCCAGCGGGGCACAGGUUGUGCUCAGUAAACUGCCCAUAGGUGACGUCGCCACCCAAUAUUUUGCUGACAGGGACAUGUUUUGCGCUGGUCGCGUAACAGACGAGGACCUCCGUCGCACCCAGCGCGCCUGCGGGGGCGCAGUCCUCAGUUCCGUCAGGGAAAUCCGCCCCGAGUCCCUGGGCUCCUGCGAGGCCUUCGUGGAACGCCAGGUGGGAGGCGAGCGGUACAACGUGUUCACUGGUUACGGAGGGGACUGUGUUCCGGAGGGUUGCCCGGCUGCGAAGACCUGCACCAUCAUACUGAGAGGAGGAGCCGAGCAGUUCCUAGAGGAGACGGAGCGCUCCCUGCACGACGCCAUCAUGAUAGUCAGGAGAACCAUUAAGAAUGAUGCUGUGGUGGCCGGCGGGGGCGCCAUAGACAUGGAACUGUCGAAGCAUCUCCGUGAUCACUCCAAGAGCAUCGCUGGCAAGGAGCAGCUGCUGCUGUCGGCCGUGGCCAGAGCCUUCGAGGCCAUACCCAGGCAGCUCUGCGACAACGCCGGCUUCGACGCCACCAACCUGCUGAACAAGCUGCGACAGAAGCAUCAUCAGGGUGAACCGUGGUAUGGUGUGGACAUCCAGAAGGAAGACAUAGCUGACAACUUCGAAGCCUGCGUCUGGGAACCAGCUGUAGUGAAGAUCAACGCUAUAACAGCUGCCUGUGAAGCGGCGGCCCAGAUCCUGUCCAUCGAUGAGACCAUCAAGAAUGCGAAGAGCGGUGAACCCCAAAUGCCGGGGCGGGGUAUGGGACGGCCGAGGAUGGGUUGAUCCGGACGUUAAUUUGGAUGUUAAGAGACAGCAGCCGCACUUGGCUGUCCCGGGAUGCUUUAACACAGCCUCCGAGGAUGGGGAGCUCACCUCGCUGGGAUUAUUAUUUAAUGUCACGCUUUCAUAUAGCUCAUAAGUUAGCUAUCAAUAAAUUAAUAGUAUUAACCAACAAA